GCUCUCUGCCUGGAUGCUGCCUGCAGUACAGCAAGACUUUUCAAUACGAGUCACAGUGCACACUCUGUGGUGAACCUGAAGGUUUGGAUUCUCUGACAGGGCAUGCAUUUGCAGAGGAAGACGGUGGUGACCUCCUCAAGACAGGGAUCAGUUUUCCUGGCACGCCAGAGGAAGAGCUAGAUCAGCCGUACUCAUGGUCUCCAACUCAGCUGUCCUUCAGUGAGGAAAGAUAUUCUCCUGUUUCAAGUAACAUGAAAGGAUUAUCUGGCGGGCGUAAUCAAUCACAAUUAUGUUCUGCGCAUACUUGUGGUUUACCAUCCCCUGAAGAUUGUGAACACAGCCACGAUCAUCUUCAUCAUGGCCAGGAGUCAAGGCAAUCGUAUCUUCUCAGCCCAACUGAGAGUUGCCCAGUGGAUCACCAUCGCUGCUCACCACGAAGCUCCAUCCAUUCAGAAUGUAUGAUGAUGCCCAUGGUUAUGGGUGAUCAUAUGUCCAGUAGCACUUUCCCCAGAAUGCACUACACCUCACACUACGAUACUAGGGACGAUUGCACCAUGUCUCAUGCGAACACUAAGAUUAACCGGAUCCCAGCAAAUUUGCUGGAUCAAUUUGAGAAGCAACUUCCUCUCCAUAGGGAUGGCUUUCACACUUUGCAGUACCAAAGGACAUCAACAGCAGCUGAACAACGCAGUGAAAGCCCAGGUAGAAUACGUCACCUUGUUCAUUCAGUCCAAAAACUGUUCACAAAAUCACAUUCUUUGGAAGGAUCUUCCAAGAGCAAUGUAAAUGGGGCAAAGGGGGAUGGCCGAGGUGAUGACCAUCAUCAUGGACAUCAUUCUAAACAUAGCAAAAGAAGUAAAAGUAAAGAGCGAAAGCCUGAAAGUAAGCAUAAAACUGGAAUGAGCAGCUGGUGGAGCUCUGAUGACAACUUGGACAGUGAUAGCACUUACCGAACACCUAGCGUGGUAAAUAGGCAUCAUGUAGACCAUAUCUCUCAUUGCUAUCCUGAGGCUCUUCAGGGACAUUUUGGGGAUCUCUCAUUAAAGACUUCAAAAAGUAACAAUGAUGUGAAAUGUUCAGCUUGUGAAGGUCUUGCCAUGACCCCUGAUGGCAAGUACAUGAAAAGGAGCUCUUGGUCUACCCUCACAGUAAGCCAAGCUAAAGAAGCUUAUCGGAAGUCGUCUCUUAAUCUAGACAAGCCUCUAGUUCAUCAGGAAAUAAAACCCUCCCUGAGACCAUGCCAUUAUCUUCAGGUACCUCAAGAUGAAUGGGGAGGUUACCCUGCUGGUAAAGAUGAGGAGAUUCCCUGCAGAAGGAUGAGAAGUGGAAGUUAUAUUAAAGCCAUGGGAGAUGAGGAAAGUGGAGAUUCUGACACUAGUCCCAAAACAUCACCAAAGGUAGCAGUCCAUCCGGAAUCAUUGUUAAAAUCUAUUGGACAAAGAGCCCUUGGUGACCACCAGAAUCAGAGCUAUCUGCAAGCUACAAGUGAAGUGCCUGGUGGCCAUACGCUGGAUCCUUCGGCAAACUACAAUUCCCCUAAGUUUCGAUCAAGGAAUCAGAGCUAUAUGAGAGCAGUAAGCACACUCAGUCAGGCCAGCUGCGUUAGCCAGAUGAGUGAAGCAGAGGUCAAUGGGCAAUUUGAAUCUGUUUGUGAAUCAGUGUUUAGUGAAGUUGAAGCUCAGGCCAUGGAUGCCCUCGGCUUGCCAGGUUGCUUCCGAACCAGAAGUCACAGUUAUCUGCGUGCCAUUCAGGCUGGUUACUCUCAAGAUGAUGAAUGUCUCCCUUCAAUGGCAUCUUCUAACAUCACCUCAACAAUCAGGUCAACAACAGCUGUAACUUACACAAGUUACAAAAAGACCCCGCCACCUGUACCUCCGCGAACCACCUCAAAGCCACUCAUUUCAGUUACAGCACAGAGCAGCACAGAAUCCACCCAGGAUGCCUAUCAGGACAGCCGGACUCAGGGGAUUUCCCCGUGGCCUCAGGAUGGCCUCAGGAUGUACAAUUCCACUGACAGUUUGGAUAGCAACAAGGCUAUGAAUCUGGCCAUGGAAACGGCAGCUGCACAACGCCACAUGUCAGACAGUCAGAUCAGCUCCGUAAGAACCAGCGACAAGGCCAUCCUCGUGACAAAGGCUGAGGAGUUCCUGAAGAGUCGGCGCUCCUCUAUUGGGAUCCAGGUGGAAGCAGCAACUGAUUCAGAUACCGACAGCAGAGGCAUACGGGAGUAUCAUUCAGUUGGAGUGCAAGUGGAAGAUGAUAAACGCCAUGGACGAUUUAAGCGCUCAAACAGUGUAACGGCAGCUGUUCAAGCCGAUUUAGAACUUGAAGGCUUUCCUGGGCACAUAACAAUGGAGGACAAGGGACUUCAGUUUGGUGGCUCUUUCCAGCGACAUUCAGAGCCAAGUACUCCUACUCAGUAUGGUGCAGUAAGAACUGUACGGACACAAGGCCUGUUUAGUUAUAGAGAAGAUUAUAGGACCCAGGUUGACACCUCCAAUCUCCCACCACCUGAACCUUGGUUGGAACCAUCCAUUGAGACUGUUGAAACAGGACGAAUGUCUCCAUGUCGCCGGGAUGGGUCAUGGUUUAUGAAGCUGCUACACACUGAGACAAAAAGGAUGGAAGGAUGGUGCAAAGAGAUGGAGAGAGAAGCAGAAGAAAAUGAUCUUUCUGAAGAAAUUCUAGGUAAGAUCCGAAGUGCUGUAGGAAGUGCACAGUUGCUAAUGUCACAAAAAUUCCAGCAAUUCUAUUGGCUUUGUCAACAGAAUUUGGAUCCCAGUGCUAUGCCCCGGCCAACUUCACAGGACCUAGCAGGAUUCUGGGACUUGUUACAACUCUCAAUUGAAGAUGUCAGUAUGAAGUUUGAUGAACUGCAUCAGCUGAAACUGAAUGAAUGGAAAAUAAUAGAAUCGCCCGAAAAAAAGGAAGAGAGAAAGGUUCCUCCGCCUGUACCAAAGAAGCCCCCUAAAGGAAAAUUCCCCAUCACCCGAGAGAAGUCUUUGGAUCUGCCUGACCGACAGCGCCAAGAAGCUCGAAGACGCCUCAUGGCUGCUAAGCGGGCAGCCUCUUUCCGGCAAAACUCUACUACGGAGCGUGCAGACAGCAUUGAGAUCUAUAUUCCAGAAGCCCAAACGAGGCUUUAAAAGACCCGGAUGCUGCAUAGUUGCUUCCUCUCUUUUUAAAAACAAAAAACAAAAAAACGAAGGAACCAAGCAAGUGCUUGUACAGCUGGUUUCCUCUUCCUUGCUCUUUUUUUUUUUUUCCUCCCCGUUCCCAGCUCCCUCCCCGCCCUGUUGUCGUUUCCUUUGUGCCAGACGCACAAGAAGAGAAUGCUGUUUAUGUCCUCAGAAUUUGCUGAGCCCUGUUGCAAGAACCCGUGCUCUUUUCUUUUUUGUAUUAUUAAGAUCGAACUACGCCAGUCAGCUCCAAUGCAUAGGGCUUGUUGAGACCUUACUUAUAAAAUUAUGUUCUCAGAGGACAACAGGAAACACCUCUUGAGAUGGAACCCAGCUUACUUUUUUGGUUAUUUAUAUUUUUAUAAAUGAUGUGAUAACUAGGAAUAAGAAAACAAACAAACUUUGAAUUGGGUGCAUCUCUCCAUUCACCAGAGGCAUUAGCUAAUUCAAGUAGAAGGUGCUACAAAUGUAAAGUGCAAGAAAAGAAGGAAUCCAUUUCUCUCCUCCCUUCCCUUCCCUUUCAGCUUCAGUUUCUUUGCUUUGAACCCAAUUAGAUUUUCUGCCCACAUGCUCGGCAAUUCUGCUUCUCUUGGUUACUGCAAACUCGCAUCUGGUCUCUCCUCACAUCUCACACUGAAUUUUUGGAGAUGAACAGAAAUAUCCAGCCAUGAAAACUCCAACAUUCAUCCAGAACAGAAAAGCGUAGGAAUCAUUUCCAAAUGGGAAAAUCUUUCCCUGAAAGUGUCCCCUUGGGACACCCAUCCAGAAAUUUGAAGGAAAAAUGCAAAGGAACUUGAAGAAAGAGGAACAAAGGAAAGCCUUAAGAAUUUUGAUCAUCUGUAGCAAGAUGUGAAAGCUCUAUUUACUCUUUGAGAACAUUCAUUACAUUUUGAACAGUUCUUUUAUGUUGUACUUCUUUCAUUUGUGAACACUCUUUUUUUUUAAUUUGAAAAGCGAUGCUACACGUAAUAUUUCAAGUUUCAAAAUGCUAGAUCAAUUGAGUUUUCAGGGUAUCCUUUCAAACAAAAAACAAAACACAAAAAAAGUUUGCUUGUUUAAAAUACCAGUUGUGAUGUUGUAACCAGUUUAAGAAAUAUGAAUGUGAGUGGUAAGUAUAUCUCAGUUUCAAUGGUAAUCUUAAGGUAAAAAAAGGUGAACUGUGGUUUACAUUUGUAUUUUUUUUUCAAAAUUCUUUUUUCCUAUGCAGUAUGAAUUAAAGAUAAGAAAAAGUCUCUCGAUUGUUUCAGACAUAAAUAACAUGUUUUAAAAGACAUGUGGUUUCUAACAGUAGAAUGUAAGAAAGGUAGCAUGUUUCUAAGUUCUUGAUCAACAUCACAGCAAAAGCAAGAAAUUAUACAGAAGUUUAACAAAUUCUGAGAAUAAUACAUUAUUGUUUUUGCCUUCUUGAAGGCUGAGAUCCAAGUUUUUGAAUCUUUUCAGGUGAAGAUACAAGAAAAUAUAUCCCACCACUAUUGAAGUAAGAAUUCUGAAUCAUACAAAAUAUUAGAACAGAGUCAAGUUUCUGUUAUCAGUUUGUUAAACAAAAUGUAUUUAGCCAUAGACAGAACCGCUAUUUAAACUAGCCUACAGCACUUUGAUUCUUCACCUUGAUGAGCACUUUAAAUAUGUACUUUGCAAGCCCUUCAGUUUGUCACAUGACUGAAAAAUGCUAGACAUUUUAACAGCAAUCUCCAACCAGGUGCCUUCCAUAGAUGUUGAACUAUAUCUCCCAUCAUGCUAGUUUGCAUGAACAAUAGCAGUGUUAUAUAGGAAAUGUACAAACGAUGGGGAAGUUUAGUUUUAAUGUAUCUCAAGAGCACAUGUUGGAGAUUGCUGUUGUAGGAAGUAAAGAAAACAUUAGGGUUUCCAUCCCUCAUCCCCCUUUCUUCCAAUAUAUUUUGUUAAGCAUGCAUUCUGUUUUAGGACAAAGCUGAUAUAAGCAUGUUUAGCUUCAAGAUACGAAUCUUUAGAGUUGAAUGUUUGAGAAGGAGGGAACACUGUAAAUUAAGCCUGAUCUCUUAUGUAGAAUUUACCAAAUAGCCUUAAAUUGCAUUUGGAAGCAAAAAAAAAAAAACCCAAGAAGAAUGUACAACAUGAAAGAAAGAAAGAAAGAAAGAAAGAAAGAAAGAAAGAAAGAAAGAAAGAAAGAAAGAAAAAGAAAGAUAGAUGACAACAAUAAUAAUGAAAUAUUAGUAUUCCUGAACUAUUAGUCUGUGAUGAUUAAGAUAUUCCCAUCCACAGACUAUUCAAAGAAUUUCUGCACUUGGAAAUAAAUUGAUUUUGGGGUAGUGUACAAUAUUAAUGCUGCUUAUAGUUUUGUUUUAAAUGCAAGAAUAUCUGCAGGGAUAAGGCAUCUUUAAAGAUAACUUUAUUUCAAAUGGAGCUGUUAAUUAGAAAUAACUACAUGGAAAUAAAUGAAUAAAAUAUGCAUUUCUUUGAGACAGCAGAUUUGAAAUAUAUCUUUCUCUCCUUCUGCUACAUCCCUAUUAUGCUGCUAUAUUUUUAUUUCAUUUUAUUUUAUAAAUAUUGCCAAAUCACAUGUGCUUUUCUUCCUUCCGUUAUCUUAUGUAGAUAAGGGACUGAUGGUAAUAAAAUGAUCUGCAUUUGAUUCACAAACAUAGCAUACCCAGAGACAAAAAAAAAGUUCCUAGCUAUGAAAUAGAAAGCUUAGCACAGCUAACUAUAUUUGCACAUCAGUGCCCUCCAAUAUUGUUUGAGCAAAAAAUUCAUUAAAUUUUAAACGGUUUUUGCUGGAGCUGUAAUUAGUCCUUGCACAGUUAGGUACUUCUGUAUUCAAUAUGCGGUUUCUGCUAUUUGCAACGUAUGUUAGCAUACCAGCAACGAUGACAACAAAAAAUAUAUAUGUUAGACUGAAAAAGCACAUAUAAACACAACUCCAGCAAAUAUACUUUUUUAAAAAAAAGUGUAUAUCCAAUUCACAUACAAUUAAUGUAUAGUUUGAUCCUUUCCCUAAGAAUUUAAGAGAGGUUCUCAAAGGAAAAAAUCACUUCUGGGACAAACAAGAUGUUAUUCAAAAUAGUCUGAAGGUCUUUGGGUUUGUUUGUUUUUUAACAUAAAAUCAUUUUUAAAAGCAUACUCUCAUUGAAAAGGAAGGCAAAAUACACAAAGGGUAAAUUUGACUCUUUUAAAGAAAGUUCUACACUAAAUUGUACGUUGCUCAUGCAGUGAUGGGAAUGUGUUGAAGAAAUGCCUUUGCCACUGUAUGUCCCCGUUUGUUCCACUUCUGUUCCAAAGAAAAAUCUUUAAAAUGUAAACCAGAUGCCUUCUGCCCAUUCCAAUGAAAUGUUACCUGUUCACAAGUUGAGUUUUUAAGUGCAAUAUAUUUAAUCUCUUUUAUAUAGGAAAGAUUAAAACAAUAAUGGCAAAUAAUAAGCCAUGCUUCUUAUGUAUUAUAUUUUUAAUUUGGGAGAGGGAGAUAAAAAUUAGUGUUUCUAUUACGUGUGUCACAAGUCAUUCAGCCCUGUCUGGAAUGAAUGUGAAAAGUAAUAUAUUUGAGAAUGACUUGCAGUGCUUUUCAUUUAAAGACUCUUUAAUAGUAUGAAAUACAACUGUAUAUUGCAGGACCAUUGAAAAUUAAUCACUUCCAUUUCAAAUAUGACUAUAUUCCUGUUUCAAGACACAGCAAAAUUAACUAAUUUGGGAAAUAAAAUGAUCUAAUUCUAAUAGACAAAAUAACAGUAGAACUCACAAAACAGUGUCUCACAUGGGUACAAUAUCUGUUGAGCAGUAAGGUCCAUUAAAAUGCAGAUGGUUUAUUCUCAAGCCAUGUGGACAUGGGGUUGCAACCUGGUUUUGUUUUGUUUUAAUAAAAAAUGUACAUAUAAUUACUAGAAUCAUGUACAUCAUCGCAUUUGGUUAACAACACUAUCCUUCAUAUAUUUAUUCAGAAAUAAGCACUAUACUUUAUAGCGUUUACUUCUAGACUGUUUUUUUUUAAUCCUAAAUCCACAUUCAAGAAGUGAGCCCCAAUGAAUUCAGUAAGUUUUAAUAAUGUAUAAUUUUAGAGCUUGAUGGCAAACAGCAGUCCUUAUGCUGGCAUAUCUCAAAUAGCCUCAUUAAAGAUAUUACAACUUGUUUUCCAGUAAACAUGCAAAGAAUUAUUACAUUUGAAUGGAACAAAUGUCUACAUGAAAGUGGAAACUAUUCCUUUUCCAGGAGUCUGGACUAUAGUUUAUAUCACCCAUCUUCCAUUUUACGUCAGCCAUUUAUUAUCACCUUGAUUAACAUUCUUUAUGAGUUACAUCCCAUUAUUUAAAACAUCAUUAAAGCCAAAUACAAUAAAAAAAUUUGUAUGUAGUUUGUGAUCUUACUACACAAUUGAUCCGAAAGGCCUUUCUUGGAAUAAUUUGCAAGGAUGAAAAUAUCAUUAUGGGUAAAACCAAAAUGGUAUUUGGUAGCUUUUAGUUCAUCAUUAACAAACAAAUUUUUGUCUUACCUACUUUAAUUACAGCACAUUAACGUUCAAAUCAGAAAAAAGAUGUGGUUUUACAUAAAACAUUCAUCAAAAGCAUUUGGGAAAAAAGGAAUUUGCUGUUUUGUUAUUACACACCCACAGACACACCCAAGCUCUUAAGACUGAUUGUAUCAAAUGCAUUCCAGAUGCCAUGCAUCUAUUCAAAGAUUUCCCUCUUCUACAAAUGUAAAGGAGCCUUCAAAGUGAGCAUGACACCACAUUCUGCAGUUUUCUUAAGAACAGUGCGAAAACAGAUUGCCAUUCUGUCUUUCUACAAGGUUUUUCAGUUUAGCUUAGAGCUCUGCUUCUCUGGAGGAGUCCCACCCAAUUGCCUGCUGGGCUUCCAGGCUCAAGCAUGCUCAUCAGCUAAAAAUUCUGAAAGCCUGAAAAUAGGGUCAUUUCUUAGAAGCAAACUGACACAUGCUUAUGUUAUUCUGACUCAGUUCUUCCCCUGCCCUCUCCUUUCUGAAGAAUUGUUAAUCCCUGCACAAAUAGGUAUUGACAAUGGAUAUUCAAAACAAGUUUAGAUAGGACUGACUUAGGGUAGAUUUCCCCCUUUUAGAAAAUAAUAACGGUAUCCUUCCUUAAUGCAAGUUAGUUUUAACAGAUUAAUCUGGGCUAUAAAAGUACAGAUGACCACUAGAUUCUUACUUUGCUGUCCUCUAGUGCAGUGGUUCUCAACCUUUUUAAUGCCGCAA